ACAGCCAGACUAGUUCACCCGGGUUAAACGAGUCCACGCCGUCGGCCUACUUUCACACGCGUAGGGUUUGCAGACUGCCGCUUUGCUGUGUGCCAAUGCGCAUGCAGUCUGCGCCGUGGGAUAGGUCUCCCCAAAUUGAGGCUGCGCUCCGAUUAACGACCAUGCGAUUGAAUGACGAGCGCGCCAUGCUCGUCUUCCUCCGUGUUCCGCAAUCCCCCGGGAUCCCGCACCGCCCUCGGUGGCUCUGCUAGCGCCGCGCCGCUCGCACUGAAUGGCCGCCUGGAGCGAGGAAACUCGGGGGCAGAGAGCGCCGCGUGCCCUCCUCUGAAGCGACGCCGCGCGCGCAUCGGCUUCCCGGCGAGGUGGUGGUGAGUGUCUCGCGCUGGCUGCGGCGGAGGGGGCGGGGGGGUCAGAGCGGAUGGACACGGGAUGAUUCAACUUUCUGCGAGUGAGGGGACCGCUCCAGGUUAGCAAAAACAAACUUUCUGUAUCCCCACCUGCCCGGACAAAGCGUUUCAUGAAUAUUAUAUGAACCUCCGCGCGCGGGGGGAUAGCGUUUAAGCUAAUAAAAUAAGCGUAAAAUACAUCUGCAGUUAGUUUUUUUUUUUUUUUUUUUUUUUUGUAUGUUAGCAAAGAAUUGUGCCUUGUUGUGCCCCCCUGCCCCCCACGCACCGUGCCGCACUGGUUCCGUCGGGCUCGCCCUCGGCUGCUGCGUGUCCUGGGAUGACCUGUUGAUGUCGGCAGAGCGGAGAAUGGCAGGGGCGGCGUUUCCCCCCAUCACCAAAAUAAUAAAAUAAGCAACGUCUCGGGCUUGACAGCGCUCGGCGGCUCGGUUACCUCGUCCUCUCGGACGCAAAACCCUUUGGUGGUGUGCGUAGACGCACAAUGGCCCAGACCCUCCAGAUGGCGAUCCCAAACUUUGGCAACAAUGUUUUGGAGUGUCUGAACGAGCAGCGGCUGCAGGGGCUGUACUGUGACGUGUCCGUUGUGGUCAAGGGCCAUGCGUUCAAGGCUCAUCGAGCUGUUCUGGCUGCGAGUAGCUCCUAUUUCCGAGACCUCUUUAGCAGCAGCAGCAAUGGUGCUGGUGGCAGCAGCAGUGAGAUAAACCCAACGGUGGUGGAGCUCCCCCCCGCGGUGCAGCCACAGAGCUUCCAACAGAUUCUAGCUUUCUGCUACACUGGCCGUCUCAGCAUGACGGUGGGAGACCAGUUCCUCCUCAUGUACACCGCUGGCUUCCUUCAAAUCCAGCAAAUCAUGGAAAAGGGGACGGAAUUCUUCCUCAAGGUGUCUUCCCCUAGCUGUGAUUCCCAGGGCCUCCAUGCGGAGGAGGCCCCCCCAUCAGAGCCCCAGAGCCCCGUAACACAGACCAGUAAUGGUGCGGGCCGCCCGGCCUCCAGCCUGACGCCUCUACCUCUGGUAUCACGGGUGAAGACGGAACAGCCAGCCAGCCAGCCGGAGGCAGCUGCCCCCUACUCUGUGGUUUGCACUCCCGUAGCCAAGCGUCUUUGGGAGGGUGGAAGCAGCCGAGACGGAGGGGGGUUUAGUUCCAGCGGAGGGGGAGGAGCUAGAAAGACGGCCCGUUAUUCCCAGGAGGCGGCGCGAGGCAGUGCUAUCCAAAGCCCCGGAGCGCUGGGCCUUGCUAUGGGAAUGGGCGUCACCACAACAAGCUUGGCGGGCAUGGUGGCCAGUGGGGCAAUGGGCGGCAGCGCCAGCACCAAUGGCAGCUCUGCAGGAGCGCUCGGUGUGUCGGAUGGUGCCAGCCCCGGAACCUUGAGUACGUACGCUAGUGACUCCCCCAUCAGCUACCAUGACGACGAAGAAGAAGAAGAAGGAACGGAGGAGAGCGCCGAAGAGCACUAUAGACAAAUCUGUAACAUGUACACCAUGUACAGCAUGCUCAACAUGGGGGCAGCAGCAGCUGGUGAGCGUGUGGAAGCUCUGCCGGAUCACACGGAAACACGCGGGCGGAUGCGAGGCCGGGAUCUCACUUGUCUUCCUGCAGAACUCAUCGCUCAGAUUGGCAACCGCUGCCAUCCCAAACUGUACGAGGAGGGAGACCCUGCUGAGAAACUCGAGCUAGUCUCAGGUACCUCAGUGUACAUAUCGCGAGCCCAGCUUAUGAACUGUCACGUGAGCGCAGGGACCAGACACAAAGUACUGCUGAGGAGGCUGCUGGCUGCCUUCUUUGACAGGAACACUUUGGCCAACAGCUGUGGAACCGGAAUCCGCUCGUCCACCAACGACCCGAGCCGCAAGCCCCUGGACAACAGAGUGCUCCACGCAGUCAAAUUUUAUUGCCAGAAUUUCGCCACCAGCUUCAAAGAGAGUGAGAUGAACGCCAUCGCAGCGGACAUGUGCACUAACGCCCGGCGUGUGGUGCGUAAGAGCUGGAUACCCAAACUAAAGCUGCUGAUGGCCGAGAGCGACGCCUACUCCGCUUUCCUCCCCGAUGGCGUCAAAACGGAGGAGGACGCUCUGGGGGCGGACCCCAGCUUUGACCCCGCGGCUUUGGAGGCCACCAGCGGUGCCAGCGUGGAGUCUGGCGGCUCGUCGGGGGAAUCUCUGCCGGGCGUGGGCGGGGAGGGAGGAGCGUUGUUCUAAACGCCGGGGAACGGUGUAACUGUAACGCAAAUAGCAGUAAUCCCCAGCUGCGCUUGCCUCCUCACUCUUUCGCUGAUCUCUCACAUCUCGACUGUCUGUAGUGCACUGCUUAGAGCAACAGCUGCUGCUCUUAUAUAACCCGGACAUGAAAACUCACAAUUGUUGCUUUUUAUGACUCGUAACCGGAGGGUAGGAGGGGGCUGGCCUCUGCCCCCUCUCUGUACUUCGAAGGUGCACCCGCUCUUGCUUAAUGAAUACAUUCCCUGAGGGGGAGGUGGUGUGAGGAGCUAUCAGCAGCCUGAGGAGGGAGGAGGGGCUUCACAGACGGGCUGGCAUCGGAGGUUUGGUGCCCCUCAGAGUCAGUGGCAUUUCUCUCUAUGCAAGCCUGACGGGGUGUUUCCCAGCCUCGGGAAAAACAAAAAAAAAAAUAGAGACAAUAUUCAAGCAACAUUAACACUACUCGUUCUUCCUCCCCCUGCAUCCCUCCUCAACGCCCUGCAAGUAUUACUGUAUCCCCCCCGCCCUCUCAAGACCACUCAAGUGUUUCACUGUGCUGUAUCUUACAAAAUAAUGCCCAUCUCUGUUUUCUACUUUUUUUUGUUGCAUGUUUUCUGUCUGUGAUGUGAAAAGUGAGAGGAUCAAAGCUUUUUACCAAGAUGAUUGUAAAGAAGGGGCAACAGGUUAUCAAAAAAAAGGUUGUAUUUUUAGAAGACAAACUAUAUUUAUACCAGUACCCAUGCCAAAAACGGCGUGAGCACAGAGCGCGAGAGGGAUUGUUUUAAAAUCUCACCGUUUGGGCUUUUAUUUGAAGAGCUCUUGUUUAUUAAAUUAAAAGGAAAAGCGCUAUUUUUGCAGGAGUGUAACAAAGCGGCCUCGUCAUAGGAGCCUGUGCGUUUAUUUUUAUCUUUAUUUCAUAGUGAUGGAAUGAGCAGUCGAACUGCUAUAUUUGAUGCAUUUCAUCUUCCGCUUGCUAGCUUAAAAGCAAGAGUCCGACUGUUUCUUGGGGCUUGUCCGGGGUGACUCUUUCAUCAAAGGUUUGAAACCUUUAGAAUUUUUACGCAAAACACUGGCUCGCAAAAAUUCAAUUAAUACUUGUAGAAACAUUAAGGUUAUAUGGAUUUAAGAACUCAACAUCUGCAUUUGUACAGACAUUAUAAAAAAAAAAUCGAGGAUAAAUGGACAAUGGAAUGUGCCUUUAAAUUGAGAUUUCAAAAAAAGCAGAAGCCAGUAAGGGCAGUGGCGUCUGGAGGUGACAGUAUUACUUGAAGAAAACUGAUUUUAUGCUACUAUCUGUAAGCACCUGAGUGGAGGAGGCGGGUCUAUGUCGAGCACAUGUCUGUGAGUGCCCAGCUGUCUGUUUGCGAAAGACUUUUUAUUUAGUUUGGAUUUGAUAACUGAUUUUUUUUUUUGCACCUUCCAUAAGCAGUAGAGUCGUGGUUCCUGCACCUUAAACGAGAAGAACCAGAGGUUCGUGCACCUUUCGAGAGACAUUGUGUAGCAAUCAAACCCGUAUAGAUGGAGUUUUGUUUGUGGUAACUGUAAAUAUCCCAACACGACUGUUGAGUUUAUUCCCAAGUGUUCUUCUUUUCUGUCGCUGAAUUUUUUUUUUUUUUUAUUAUUAAAUGUACGUUGGCCAGCGGGUCAGCAGUGGUUCGUGUAGCAGUUGGAAAAAAGUGGAAGGGUUGGACUUAAAAUGUAAAAAAAUGACUGAAUAGCUUUUCCUUAGCUUUCCUAAGAAAGACUGAAGAAAUCAAUGCUUCCCUUUCAAUGCACUGUCUUCUUUUUUCUGGCUGAACGCAUAUUUCAAAGCAUGAUACAUGUGGUCAAACUCCAUUCUGGAAGGCUUUACUGAGUUGUGUGUUUCAGAACAAACAUGCAGUAUCUUUGUUAAUCUUGAAGAAGUUGGUAACCCACCCCAUUAGCUUUAGUGGGCUUGGAACAGCCUCAAAUUCAGAAAUUCCUCAGUAACUUUGUCAAUAAAUAUUGAUUCACGUUACCAACACAAAAACACUAAUUUGGUGCCUCUUUUUCCAUUUAUAAAGGCUGGAGGUGUCCGUGUGGUACGUUUGAAUACUUGGCCUUCAGGUUGCUCAGAACUUACUUGCACAUGAAUUCAUAUUUAUUGUGUGUAUGAGCGGCGGCUGUGUUUAUUUGUGCUUGUUUGGAAACUUUUGUGCUUUUUUAUUUCCAGCUCAUUUCAAGUAUUUCAUGUACUCUGUUUACUAUUCAGAAAAAAAAAAACUAGACCUUCACACACUUGAAUGGAAAAUGUGUGGCACAGCAUGAGGAGUCUUUAUUUUGUCACUAAACAGUACAUAUAUAAAUAUAUACAUGUAUAGAUAAAUACUGUAUAUUAUAUAUAGACACACACAGAUCGGAUCGUUUGUUGUGCACUCGCAGCAUGACGUAUAUAUAUUUACCCAGAAACGCAGCUUUCCUCACAACCUGGAAGUAACCAGUCUUGCCCACUUCCUGAGCCCCUGCUCUUUGGCCUCUGUAACCCCGUAGCGCCAGUGGACCUCGUGUACUGCUCAUCCUUCUUUCUGUGUUCCAAGUGCCAAUAACUUUGUGAAAGCCCUGUAACUGUGACCCAACAUUAUCCAAGGUAAUUGCACAUUAAUAUGAAACUGACUGUAAAAUAAAAGACAUGCAAAUCAUAGAGAAAAUGUUGACAUGGAUCAAAUAAUGAAUAUCUCAAUAAAACAUUUGUAACAAUA